AAACAGUGUCUUUAUUAUAUGGUUUGUCCACCAGAGAGCACUGGGAAGUUAAUUUUUCAAUUGUAAAAUGUCCCACUCAGUACAUAUCUUGGUCAAUACUGUAUUGUUAAAAAACAUAAUUUAAGGGAUCCUUAAUGGACAAAAAUGGUUGAUUAUGUUAUGUUUGUGAUAAAAAAGAAAUGUAUGUCAUUAUCUUAAAAAAACAACAAAAACAACUCAAAUAUUGAUCUGCCUCAAACCAGUAUUCACUUUGUUUUAAUUUAGUCAGGCAAUAACGCGUACAGGGAUAAAUACUCUUUAGUAAAAAAUCUGUGUCAGGGAGAAAUGUUUAAUCAGUGAUUCAGAUCUUACACUACUUUAAACAGAAGCAGAUAACAGAUCUCAAAGGAAUCUCAGUUGAUUUUAGGAUUUAGGGUGGAUACAAAUUGUUGAAUGAGAGAUUCACUGACUUAUUCCAGUAUCAGUACAUUUCAGUGAAAGUGCUCCAUCCAUGGCAUGUAUAUGGCUCAGUGACUGCAUAGACAAGGUUUAGGAAAUCUAGCACACCAAAAACUCAACAGCUAAAAAUACAAAUAUUCAACAAAUAUGAAUAAAUGAUGUCUCCCACUACCAAACUGUAAAAUCUGUGAUAUUUCUUUUAAAAAAACACUGUUUGAUAAAAGGGGUCUUGGAGCUGCAAUGCAAGAAAUCAAAGCAUUAUCAAGAACAACAUAAGCUGGUGACUCCAAUGAGCAGAACGUAUUUUUGUAUAAUACGUAUAUUAACAUUCCUGUUUAAAGAUACAUGUGUCUUUAGGGAAUACUUUGCUGUUUGCUCACUUUGUAAUCUUCCAUGUAUCCAAAAGAGUAUUGUGAGAUGCUCCAACUCACUUAAUCAUUAUUCAAAACAAUCAUUAGAUGUUUGUUUUGAAUGCAAGAGACGUUUAAUCAGAGUAAGCUACAACCUCAUUAUAGAUCAUAUUAAUCUCAUUAAUAGGGUAUUUCAAAAUGACUGUGUACGAAUCAGCUGGAAGAUUUAUCUCAAGAGAUCAAUGAGAAAAGUAUAUCUUCCAGUGCACACAGGUCAGACAUGCAGUCAUCGGUUUGCUGCUUUUGGAUGCAGCAUCAAACAGAGCUGCUGCUAAACAAUCCUGAAGAGAACGUCAGACUGGAGAGCUUUUAAACCGAUGCCAUCCUCCAACACGCAGCCUGUGGAGUUCAACUAUGUCUUAUCUCAGGACUGUUUUAAACAACUCUGUCAUCAUUCAUCCUCCAGGCUUUUAUAUCAUCGGAUUUGAGACAUUUCCCUUUAUCAGUGUCUACUUCAUCUUUCUAGCAUUUGUUUAUGUGGUUACAGUGCUGUUCAAUAGUUUGGUGAUCUAUGUAAUUGUCUUUAAUCGUUGUUUACACACUCCAAAGUUUUUGGCUGUUGUCAACCUCGCAGUAAUUGAUGUAAUCCUUAACUCAUGCACUAUUCCCAGCAUGAUGAAGAUAUUUCUCGUUAAGGACAAUUUCAUUCCAUUCAACUUAUGUUUGGUACAAAUGUUUGUCUACUAUGCUUUUGGGACUUUGGAGUCAUAUGCACUCGCUAUACUUGCCUAUGACCGGUUGAUCGCAAUAUGUUUCCCUCUGCGUCAGAACUCAAUCAACACACUGCAGAGCAUGUCAUGUAUUGUCGGCCUGACUUGGUGUUUUUCACUGGGAAUCCUUGCGUUUGCAAUAGUUAUAAUGACUCGGCUGUCUUUUUGCAAUUCUGUCAGAGUGUUCAGCUAUUUCUGUGACUAUGCACCUGUGUUUAGACUCGCCUGUAAUGAUUACACAUUGCAGUGGUCUGCAGCUUCUUUUCUCACUGUUUUGCUUCUUGUAGGACCCUUUACUUUUAUUUUUCUGUCAUAUGUCAGCAUCCUGGUGACUGUAUUCAAGAUGAAAUCUUUAGACAGUCGAGUGAAAGCCCUCGCCACUUGUGUUGAGCAUAUCAUUCUUGUUGCUGUAUUUUACAUUCCUCUUAUUACCAUUUUUACUAUCGAGUUUUAUCUGCGUCUCGUUGACCCGGACCAGCGUGUGCUGAGUCUGUCGCUGGCCUCUUGCCUCCCACCCUGCAUCAAUCCUAUUGUAUAUUCUUUGAAAACCAAAGAGAUCAAAAUCAGAGCCCUGGCACUGGUAAGAACAAAUACAAUUGGCACACAACAAACAUACCAACAAAAAAGCUAUCCUUGGAGGGUUAAUAAAACACAACAAUAAUUUAGUACCAAUAUAUUUGUGCGGUCAGUAAAGAGCCUGAACUGUGUGCCAUAAUUAUUCAUGUCUGUCAACAGAAAUGUCCCAAACGGGUCACCAGUUUUAACCAUGAGGUCAUCAGUGUCAAGAAGGCUAUGAAUCAGAAUCAGAAUCAGAAAUACUUUUUUGAUCCCUGUAGGGAAACUCUUUGUUACAGUAGCUUGCCUUUAU